ACGUCAGGAAAGAUGGCGGGACGCCGGGGGCACUGAAGGGGGAGGGCAAGGGGUGCAAGCUGCCAAAAAGUGCAUGAUCUCUCAAAGUUGGACGGAGGCAGCACAGAACUUCAUCUGGGGAGAGACGGGAGGACACGGAGGGGAGGGAGAGAGAAUGAAAGAGAGAGCGUUGGGGACAUAAACAAAGAGGGGGGAGGGAGGGAGAGACUUGGCUAAGACAAAAGAGAGAAUGUGAAAGGGUUUCAUGGACAGAGAGAUACCAGGAAGCACCUGCUAGAGCGCAGCCGGGGCACAGCGUGCCGACACUCACCACUUCCAGCCGCAUUCGGGGCGCUCGGGACUCGGCAGGGAUGCCAUGUUCUGCCAGGGGACACAGGAGCCACGGGCUGAUCACAUGCUGACGGACAAGUCCCACAAUGAGGCCUGGUCUCUCUAACACCCUCAUGAUGGAAUACCAGCCUCUCCCGGAGUUCCAGCUCCACCGCAGCCCACUGCCCUAUGGCCGGGAGGGUGGUAUGGUGCCAAGCCUUGGAGACCCCCCACCCAGAGACAGGCACAGGGUGGUAAGGCACAUAGCAGUGUAUCAGCAGGAGAGUCUGGCUUUUGGGGGAGUUCCAACUCUGUGCAGUGACAGCCAGCUGGGGUACAGGACUACACAUGUUCCCCUUACCACCGUUAUCCCAGGAAUGACUGGCCACGUACAGGAGCCGUGGGUCAUGAGGUUCGAGAACAGAGAGGAGCCUUCAUCCCCAACUGGAACCAGAAAAGAAGACUUCACUAACGAGGAGAGAGGCAGAAAGAGCACAGAGCAAAGCGAUGGAGACCAAACCCAGCACUCCUCAUCAUCGCCCCAAUCGGAGAGCCCCCGAGUCAUCAGCAGAUCAUCCCAAGGGUCGGAGAGAGCAAAAUCUGCCUGGCGUAAAAUACGUCUCUAUCUCCCAGACACGGCAUCGGGAAACAGCCCUUCCACUCCCUCGGUGCUGGAGGACUCUGUCUUUUCGGAGCCUGAAGUUGUGGAACCUGCUGCGUCCGAGGUGAAGUUAGAACCUGAAGUCUUGGAGGUGACGGCUGUCUCGGGAAAGACAGAGCAGGAACGAUGGAGAUUUUCUGCUGCAGAGCUAAUCAGCAAACUCCAACUAACCCAGCGCAGGAACAACUUCACUGCCCGGCUUGGCAAGUCCCUCUCCACCAAAAUCACCCUGAGAGAAAGAGGAGCAUCUGCCAGCCAAGAAGGUAAAUCUGGAAGAAGAGAGAGGAGAUGUAACAGCGCAGGGGUGGCCAGCCUUCUCCAGCCGUCCUCCUGGGAGCCGGGCAACUCCUGGCUCAGGAAUAAACUCACGGAGAGUGUGGAAGGGAAUCCUGGACGACCACCUAGCCAGGAGAAAGAGAGUCCCCAAAAUGAGAGAUGUCCCCCCUGCGAAGACAAGCAGACCCCCUCAGUGGAGACCAGGUCACAGAGACGCCAGUCAUACUGUGAAAGGAGACAGUCUCGCUUUCUCCUGAGCUCGAUCCUAUAUCAGGAGUACAGUGAUGUAGCCAUAAACCGGGAACUCCAAAGGCAGAAGCGAGAGGACCCCACGGCUGACGACGAGUACGCGUCGCCCAGUCCCAAGUCCAACCUGUCCCCCAGCAGCUCCUUCCGCUCCCAGCGAUCUUCCCGAGGUUCCACCUUCUCCUUGUGGCAGGACAUACCUGAUGUUAGAGGCAGCGGCCUGCUAAACACGCUAACCGCCCAGGAGCGGAAAUUACAAGAGGCCAAGUUUGAGUUGGUGACCUCGGAGGCCUCCUAUGUGAACAGUCUCUCCAUUGUGGUGGAUCAUUUCCUGAACUCGUCUGAGCUCAGCGAGUGUCUCGGUGCCCAGGAGAAACAGUGGCUCUUCUCCAAAUUACCAGAAGUGAAGGAGAUCAGCGAGAGGUUCUUGGCUGAUCUGGAGGAAAGGCUGGAGGAAGACAUUUUGAGGUUUGACGUGUGUGAUAUUGUCCUUCAUCACUGCCCUGAACUGCGCCGCGUAUACCUCCCUUACGUCACGAACCAGGCCUAUCAGGAACAAACCUACCAGCGAUUGCUGUUGGAGAACACACGGUUCCGAGCAGUCCUGGCCAAGCUGGAAGAAGACCAAGUUUGCCAGCGUCUCCCUCUGACCUCCUUCCUGAUCCUGCCCUUCCAGAGGAUAAUGCGCCUAAAAAUGCUGGUGGAGAACAUACUAAAGCACACGGCCCCCGGAUCCCAGAAUGAAGACACGGCAAGCAAAGCCUUCACCGAACUGAAGAAGUUGGUGAAGGAGUGCAAUGCCAGUGUCCAAUCGAUGAAGAGAACCGAGGAGCUGAUCCAUCUGAACAAGAAGAUCCACUUUGAAAGCAAGAUUUUCCCCCUUAUCUCUCAGUCCCGCUGGCUGGUGAAACAUGGAGAACUAACAGAACUGGACAUGCAAAUCCCUAACGCUGCAGGAUCGCGAUUUAAGCUCAGCCCGAGGACAGUGUAUCUGCAUUUGUUUAACGACUGCCUGCUGCUGUCACGGCGGAAAGAGACGGGCCGUUUUGCGGUGUUUGCGCACGCUCCGCGGUGUGAUCUCAAGGUGACCGAUCUGAGCUGGAAACUUCAGGAGGUUCCAGGAGAAGUCUUCCAUGUGCAGCUAUGUCACGACCAGCGACCCAAGCACGAGAUUCUGCUACGGGCACAGAGCGAGAGCGAGAAGCUGAGGUGGAUCUCUGCCAUGUGCCCUUCCAGCGUCCCGGACCUGGAGCAACUGACAGAGAGCGAAGAUAUACCCCAAGUCCAAUGCAUUAAAGGAUACACAGCACAGGGGCAUGAUGAGCUGACUCUGGAGAAGGCUGAUAUCCUGAGGCUUACAGCAAAGACUAGCGACGGAUGGAUGGAAGUUAUUCGGCUCUCGGAUGGCGAGAGAGGAUGGAUUCCCACCACGCAUGUCGAGGAAAUCACCAGUAAAAACGCCCGUCUUCGGAACCUAAGAGAAAACAAACGGAUCAAACACGCGACGAGCAAACUAGAGAGAGACCCCCCUUAAAGGCGGACGCUGCUCUGUUACGUGCCUAUUUGUGGGGUCACACCGCGUAUGGACUAAUACUAAAUCCUGCACAUUUCAAACAAAAUGGCAUACAUUUCAACUCCC